AUGAAGUACCUGUUGUGGUUAGCGUUUCUGUAUUCUCUCUGUCUGUACGGUUGCCUAAGUCGUGGUGUUAAUGAAGAGGAGGACUUCAUGCUUGUUGGAGGGCCUCUGAGAAAUGCAGACAGGGUGGUGAAUGAUGACUUUGACUGCAGUGAUCCCAUCCCUCCGGGCUCUAAGGAGUACUUUGAGUACCUCCAGGAAAGAGGGGUAACCCAGUUCAAAGUGCCACUGUCAUGGACUCAGCUCCUUCCAACAGGCCUCUCCAGCCAGCCACAGCAGUCUGUGGUCACCUGUUACCGGACUCUGCUGAAACAGCUGCUGGCGGUGGGGCUGGAGCCUCUGGUUAUCCUCCAUGGAUCAACGGUGCCAGAAGCUCUGAGAUCAAAGUAUGGAGGCUGGGAGAGUCAGCAGCUGGUGGAGGUGUUUCAGCAGUAUGCAGAGUUUGCUUUUACAGAGUUUGGAGCCCUUGCACACUCAUGGGUGACUCUGAGUGACGUGGAUGUUGAUGGACAGCUGGAGGAUGCACCAAGUCCUCUGCAGAAUAUCUUCCAGCUCAACAAGAACAUUUACCUGCUGUACCAUCAGAUGUUCCCUGGAGAAGGUAAGUAAAAACUGAAACGGCGAAGACAGGGAGAGUUAAAAAUGACAAAGACUGGCUUCUUCAUUAAGUUUUUUUUUUUUUUUGUAAAAUUUUAUCAAGUUUUAUUAGUGUCAUUUGACCAUUUUAUACUUUAUAUAAUCCUUCUGUUAUUUGAUACAGUGUUGUCUUGUCAGAGAGAAAAUUGCAUAAUUUCAACCUUCAUAAUCAAAUGAUCUUUCACCCAAUGAUUUAUGGUGCAGAUUAGAUUAACUCACACUGCCAAUAAACGAGUCCAAUCUCAGAUUUCACUGUACAGCAUGUGCCUAUAGAUAUUUUCCACUGCUGACAUUUUACUUUUUAAACAUGGAAAUAAUUAAAAGCUUUGAAGAUAAAAUAAACAUGACACAAUAAUUUGGAUUAAAUCAGACUAAGGUCUGUCACAGAGUCUUAUGCAGUCAAAUGUCAACUGGAAAUACUCUUACUGUUGAUAAAUACUCAAUAGGAGCAGCCUUCAAAAACUCUGAACUAUCCUUUUAAAGCUUUUCUUUUUCAUUACAGGUGGGCGUCUCUCACUGGGGUUGAGAGGAACUGAUGUAUCAGUUUUAUCCCAGAUGAAAGAUUCAACCACAGUAAGAUGAAUCCUAAUUUUUAUCUUUAAACCAAAUUUUUUCAAUAAAUUUUGCUCAGGAGCUGUUUAAAAUGAAACGCUUUGCAGUAAAGUAAAAUAGCCUAAAAAAUACUGGGAAGAUUCAAAUACUGUAUUUCAGAUAAACGUCACCUUUAUUUUGGUAAGUGACCAUUUUGAAAGUAUAAUUUUAUCUUGAGAGGGUCCUGGUAAUAUCUUAUUUUAUACAAUUCAGCAUGUUCUGAAAUAAAUUGUCAGCAUUUCAGGAUGUUUACACCUCUCCUUAUCUGAACUCUUUUAUAGUGCUGACACUUUAUCAGCAAUUUGUGGUCCUGUCUUUUCCCUGCACUUUCACACACUUUCAGAGCACAACAACAAACUUUAUGUAUACAGUUUUUCAAUGAUUGGCAAAUUUCAGAACGGACAUGGAAAUUCUUAUUCUGAGGGCCAAGAGGCUGGAUUAAUGAUCAUGUAAAUCUUGGGUUUCUAUCAGCAACAUUUGGUGUGGACAAGUUGAGCUAAUGUGAAAGUGUAAAAAGCCGCAGUGCCUCAUAGAUCAGCUCCUAAAGCCAAGGAAAACCCAUCAAUACCAAAGCAAAAUCUGUGUUUGACGUUAUUCCUGAUUCUUCUUCCAAACAAAAUAAUAGGAAUAGUAGACUACAUUUAUGGUUUUUAAAGUCUAUGGUUUCAGGUAUACUGGUGGUUGAGAUACAGAUUUAUAGCUCUUUUGAUGCAAAAAUGUCUUUUAACAUGUGCAUAUCUUUCUUUGUACAGAUGGAUUUCCUGUCAGUACAGAUUGAAUAUAACUGCGCCUCUGGAUCAAACUUUGCAAAAGACCUGAAUGCCCUACAGGUGCAAUAUAAAGUAGAACUCUUUUUAUUUUUCAUUUCACUUCUUGUGUUUUAGUUACUUUUCAGUCAUGUGUAUUUUUUGAUGUAGAAAUCCAGUGGCAAUUUGCCCAUCCUGAUACUCAAGAUGACUGUCCAUGAUUGUUCCUUUGACCAGUUCCAGCCUCUUGGAAAUCUCUUACAAGGUAUAUGUGAAGACCUUUUUUUCCUGUUAUUUGGUUUCUUCACAGCUUACAGAUAUUUAAAAACAAUAACUAUCCUCUGUGGGUUCUGAGCAUCAGGGCUAACCUGUAAUACCAUAAACUUUUACAGUAAUGACAGACGUUAUCAGAAAUGUUAUCACAUGGCACUAAUAUGGUUGUAAUGUCUGACAGGUAAAAUCAUGACCUUGCUUUGGUCCAAACUUAGGUCUUCCUUGAGGUCCAUACAAAAAACAACUUGAUCUGUUUGGUAUCCAACACACAGUCAAACAUUGUAGGAAAAGAGAAUGGCAUUUUCUCCAAAGAAGGUGCAUGAUGCAGCCUCAGAUAUUCAAUGAAUUUGACAAAUAAAUAAAGUUCUUCUGAUCUUAUAUCUUAUCUUAAGUCAUUGUGAAACCCUGUUGUUAUAGUCAACAUAGUAGCUUUAAUUUUUAUCAUGUGCCUGUAAGUAACUUUGCGUUUUACACACCACAGCUUUAAAAAACACUGACCUAAAAAUUGUGGGAUGUGACAUGAUGGCCACGUUUGGAGGGCUGGAUCCACAGGAUGCGCCAAUCAGGUAACGCCAAACCUCGUAAAUUUGAUGAGUUUCAAAUUAUGGGUACACUAGUUUCAUCAAUACUUAAACUCUUUUAUGUCCUCUCUUCUCCAACAGCCACAGUGUUUCAGACCACAGUGGAAUUACAAACAGUUAUCAGAUAGUAUGGGAUAAGUUUAAGACCCAGACCACAGCAGAACGAGAUCUUUUCCUCAAUGAAUCAUUCCCUUCUGGCUUCCAGUGGGCCACCUCCAGUGAGUCCUUCAAGGUUGAGGGUGGCUGGAUGGAAGGUGGAAAGGGGGAAACCAUUUGGGAUCGUUUUGCCCAUGAAAACAAGGCUUUUGAAAACCAGACAGCUGAUCUAGCCUGUGACAGUUACAACAAGGUGGAUUACGAUGUCUACCUUCUGCGAGGUCUCCAUGUCAACACCUACCAGUUUUCUAUCUCCUGGGCCAGGAUUUUCCCUUCAGGCCACCGAGGAAGUGUAUCAGAAAAAGGGGCUCUCUACUAUGACAAACUUAUAAAUGCUUCGCUUGAGUCUGGCAUUCAACCUGUUGUCACGCUCUACCACUGGGAUCUGCCCCAGGCACUCCAAGACUACGGUGGAUGGACCAAUGCCUCCAUUGUUGAUGCCUUUAAGGACUAUGCAGACUUCUGCUUCUCCAGGUUUGGAGACAGGGUCAAGACCUGGAACACUUUCAGCAGCCCUUGGGUGGUGAGCCAUGCUGGGUAUGGCACUGGUGAGCAUCCCCCUGAAGUGAAAGACUAUGUGGUUGCCUCCUAUCAGGUAAGAGCAACUCUUCUACAAGAUUGGGCUGAGUUUUAUGGUUAUAUAUAAUACACUUUCUAAGCAUUUUUCUUUGGCUCUACAGGUCACACACAAUAUCCUUAAGUCCCACGCUGAGGCCUGGCAUGCCUACAAUGACAAAUACAGGAAGACACAAGGAGGGAAAGUAGGCAUUGCACUGAACUCUGACUGGGCUGAACCCAUGAGCUCUUCUAAACCUGAAGAUGUCGCAGCUGCAGAUCGCUACCUGCAGUUCAUGCUGGGCUGGUUUGCACAUCCCAUAUUUGUGAAUGGAGAUUACCCUGAAACAUUAAAAACACAGAUUGAGCAGAAAAGAAAAGAUUGUCCCCCUUCUGAGCCAGCAAGACUCCCAGUUUUCACAGCUGAAGAGAGCAAGAGGAUACAAGGUACAGCAGACUUUUUUGCGUUGAACCACUACACGUCACGGUUGGUCAACAGCAGUGAUGGAGGCUGUAACCCUGGUCCUCAUGGGGUGGGUGACUUCCUGGAAGAUGUGGACCCAACAUGGUCCUCUACAGCUUCUGACUGGAUCUAUUCUGCACCUUGGGGGCUUAGAAAGCUUCUGAACUACAUCUCCACAGAGUACUUAAAUGUCACCCAAGUGCCUAUCCACAUAACUGGGAAUGGUAUGCCAACUGAGUACAGUGGGGAUACGAUCAAUGACACAGAUCGAGUAGAGUACAUGAAGAGUUACAUCAAUGAGGCCUUAAAAGGUUAGUUUCCAAAUUUUCACUCACUGAUCACCAGCCUCACAUAGAGUAAAAGUAAUUUAACUCUGCUGCUUUGUUUUGUGUGUUUUCAUUUUGUAGCUGUAUUCUUGGAUGGAGUGGAUGUGCAGGGGUUCACAGUGCAGUCACUAAUGGAUGGAUUUGAAGGUCCGCAAGGCUAUAGAGAAAGAUUUGGUUUGCACUAUGUCAACUUUGAUGAUACCAACAGACCAAGAACCCCAAAGCAGUCUGCAUAUUUCUAUGCCCAGGUUAUUCGGCAAAAUGGAUUUGGUUCCCAUCAUGGGCAUGUAAUCAAAGACACAAUUAUGCAAUCCACCCACAAAACAACUGGUUUAUCAUCUUCAGAAGUUCCAUCGAAAGCAAAGAUUGUCUGGGAGAAAUUCUCACACCAGACAAAAUUCAAGACAAAAAUGUACCAUUACGGCACUUUCCCUGAUGGCUUCAGUUGGGGGGUAUCAUCUUCAGCCUACCAGAUCGAAGGAGGCUGGAAUGCUGAUGGGAAAGGGCCAAGUGUCUGGGAUACAUUCACCCACAAACCUGGUAGUAUUCCUGCAAAUGCUAACGGAGAUGUGGCCUGUGACAGCUACAACAGACUAGAUGAAGACCUCUACAUGUUACGAGCUCUCAGGGUGAAGUCAUACAGAUUCUCCAUGUCUUGGUCCAGGAUCUUUCCUGAUGGUCGGCGUGCCUCCCCGAACCAGAAAGGUGUGGCCUACUACAACAGACUCAUAGAUGACCUCUUAGCAUACAACAUCACUCCCAUGGUGACACUCUAUCACUGGGACCUUCCUCAAGCUUUGCAAGACCUUGGUGGUUGGGACAAUGUUGACAUGAUUGACAUUUUCAAUGACUUUUGUGACUUUUGUUUUGCCACCUUUGGUGACAGGGUGAAAUUCUGGAUGACCUUUAACCAGCCUCACACAAUUGCAUGGUCAGGAUAUGGUCUUGGAAAGAUUCCACCAAAUGUCAAGAAGCCAGGUACUGCUCCCUACAAAGUUGCGCACAACCUGAUAAAAGCACAUGCCAAAGCUUACCACACUUAUGAUGAUAAAUAUCGAAAGUCCCAAGGUGGUCUGGUAUCCAUCGCCCUCAACUCUGACUGGGUGGAGCCUGUUGAUCUUAACAUUCCCCGAGAAGUAGUGGCCGCUGACCGGGCUCUGCAGUUCCAACUGGGAUGGUUUGCACAUCCCAUUUUUAAGAACGGCGACUAUCCUGAUGCAAUAAAGUGGCAAGUAGGGAACAAAAGUGAACUCCAAGGUCUACCAGAGACAAGACUCCCCUCUUUCACUGAAGAGGAAAAGAACUUCAUCAGGGGAACAGCUGAUGUGUUCUGUGUUAAUCAUUACACUACAAAGAUUAUAAGCCACAUUACAGCUCGGCUGUCCCCUCAAUCUUAUGAACAUGACAAAGACUAUUCAGAAGAGGAGGAAAAAGAGUCACCCACGACUGCAAUUAGUAAACAGAGGGCUGUUUCAUGGGGCUUAAGAAGACUCCUGAACUGGAUCAAGGAAGAGUAUGGAGAUCCAGAGAUUUACAUCACUGAGAAUGGAGUGGCUACAGAAGCAGGCAAAAACUUGGAUGACACUGCCAGAGUAUUUUAUUACAAGACCUACAUCGAUGAAGCUUUAAAAGGUGCUUUGCCAUUAAUAUAAUUCUUUAUGUUGUCUUUAUGAUUUUAUGAUGGCUGAUGAUUUUGAUUAUUUAUUUUUCUGUGUAUUUUUUAACCACAGCACAUGACCUUGAUGGAGUUAAGGUGAAAGGCUACAUAGCAACCUCUCUCAUGGAUUCCUUUGAGUGGCUUAAUGGAUACAAAUUUGGAUUUGGGUUACAUCAUGUGGAUUUCACUGACCCAAAUCGGCCAAGGACCCCCAAAUACUCAGCUCACUUCUACCACCAAGUCAUAAAAGACAAUGGAUUCCCUGAACCAGACGAUGAGAAGGUACUGCAUGGACAUUUCCGCAAAGGUUUUGUAUGGAGUACUGCAACAGCAUCAUACCAGGUAACUGUGAAGACAAACCAAAUUAAUAAACAGUGUAUCCAGGUUUUGUGCCUCAUCUUUUGGUCUGUUUUGUCCAUUAAAAGCUCCUCAUUCUGUUUCCAGAUAGAGGGAGGUUGGAGAGCAGAUGGAAAAGGUCUCAGUAUCUGGGACAAGUUUGCACACACUCCUCUACGCGUGUUUAACGAUGACAACGGUGACAUAGCUUGUGACAGUUACCAUAAAGUGGAUGAGGAUGUUGCUAUUUUGAAGCAGCUGAGGGUGAAUCAUUAUCGUUUCUCUAUAUCCUGGCCAAGAGUGCUCCCUGAUGGUACCACCAAGAAUAUCAAUCAGGCUGGACUCAACUAUUACCACAGACUGGUGGAUGCACUUCUCGCCGCAAACAUCCAACCACAUGUAAGCAUAAAUCUAUACACUAUCUUAAAAUUAAGUAUUAUAAAGUAAUGGAAAGUUGGUAACUUGGGUAACCUUAACUGUCUUUUCGCUGCUGCCAGAUCACUCUUUACCACUGGGAUCUCCCUCAAGCUCUGCAGGACAUCGGGGGUUGGGAGAAUGACACAAUUAUUUCCAAAUUCAGGGAUUACGCUGACCUAAUCUUCGACAGCCUUGGCAACAAAGUGAAACUUUGGAUCACCAUUAAUGAGCCGUACAAUAUAGCAAAUGUGGGCCAUGGCUAUGGAGCAGCUGCCCCAGGUAUGCUUUGAAAUUACUGGUACCAAGCUGUAAGCAGCCAACAAUGCUUCCAGCAGGUGGGGUUACCACCCUACCACUUUGUAUUUGUGAUACAUAUGUGUUGUGGACUGACUUACUAGCUUUGUAAUUUUUUACUGGUUAACUAAUUACAAAGCUAAUGGAUUAACCAGAGAGUAAGCGCUCCUAAUAUUCCUUAUGUGUCCAGGGAUCAGUUUCAGACCAGGCACUCUGCCCUAUAUUGUGGGACACAACCUUCUGAAAGCUCAUGCUGAGGCCUGGCAUCUCUAUGAUGAAAAAUACCGGGCCACACAGAAAGGAAUGAUCUCAAUCACUAUCAACUCUGACUGGUCAGAGCCCAGAAACCCCUAUAAACAGGAGGACAUCGAUGCCGCAAGACGCGUGGUGCAGGUAAAUGCAGUAAAAAAAAAUGCAAUUGUGUGUUGAUUCCUUCAUUUCAGAUGGGAUUUUUUUGACAUUUCUCAGAAGAAUUAAGGUCUCUGAUAGCCUAUAUUUAUCUUGUGUAGUUCUACAUCGGCUGGUUUGCCCAUCCAGUUUUCAAUGGGGACUACAGCGACAUGAUGAAGACCAUCAUUCGAGAAAGAAGCUUAGCCGUUGGUCUGCCAAAAUCUCGGUAUUACAAAUGUUCUACUACGGAAAUGACAGCCAUUUUUCCUCAUUUAUUUGGUAAAUCUAAUUAGCUCAAUACAAUCUCUCUAGGCUGCCGGAGUUUACUCCUGAGGAGGUCAAAAGGAUAAAGGGGACCUAUGAUUAUUUUGGGUUCAACCAUUACACCACAGUACUGGCAUUCCCUGUGGAAUACCAUAAUCUUCAGCACUACGAUGCUGAUAGGUAAGCAGUAACAAUCCAAGUGAUUGAACCAUGAUAAUCACAUACUAAUCAAUCAAAAUAAUUUACUCAAAUCUGUUUUCCAUUUAAAGCAUAGUUUUUAUAAUAAAUUGAUGCAUUUAAUCCUCUCAGGGGUGCAGGGACCAUUGCUGAUCGUACCUGGCUGGAUUCAGGUUCAUCCUGGCUGAAGGUCUCCCCAUUUGGCUUUCGAAAGAUAUUAAACUUCAUCAAGGAAGAAUAUGGAGAUCCACCAAUUAUCAUCACUGAAAAUGGCAUGUCAGAGAGAGGGCCUAUUGACCUGGAUGACUUUCACAGGAGUUACUACUAUGAAAAAUACAUCAACCAGGUGCUAAAAGGUAACAAACUACAACUUUCAUAGUCCUACAUUUUUUAAAGAGAUCAUUUCGGAGCAUCAUAACAAACAAAUAACAUGUCAUGUAUAAAAAACUCUAAAUUCUGAAAGGAAAACAUGAGCUACAACAUUUCUUGUUAAUUUACAGGCUCGUUUUUCACUUACAUGUCAAAUGGCGUUCUGACUUUCUUUCCAGCGUACUUGCUCGAUGGGGUGGACAUCCGUGGAUACACAGCUUGGUCUCUGAUGGACAACCUGGAGUGGGCCACUGGUUUCUCUGAGAGAUUUGGCCUGUUCUAUGUGAACCACACAGACCCCAAUCUGACUCGAGUGGCAAAGGCAUCUGUCGCACGCUACGGUACCAUCAUAAAAUGCAAUGGAUUCCCUGAGGGACCCCAUGACUGCUUGAAACCAGAGCCUGAACGUAUGUAAAUCCAAAUAGAUCUUGAAUGGCAGUAGUCUUGUCUAGAAAAAAAUCCGUCAUGACAUAGAAAGUACUCAGUUUCUGAAAAACGUUGAGACUGUAGCACUGGUAAAUAGGUGGCCUGUCUGUGGUUAAUUCUACAUAAAAACAGGCUGGCAGAUCAAAGUGUUUUGUCUUUUUAAUAUACAAAACUUCAGUGCAAAAAUGUGGUCAGCAACCCCCUGGAUCUUGCUACCAAUGUAUUCAGCAGGUGAUGUUGCCAUGAGUUCCUUGUGCUCACAGGUUUUAUACUAGGCUAACAUUAGUUAGCAUUUAGCUGUAGCUCAGUAUGGUAACUUUUCGUAAUAUUUCUUUAUGUGAAGUGAAGUCACUCUUAAUAAUUUUUUUAAUUAAAUAUCACUUUUGUGCCUCUUCACAGCAACAAGUAAACCGACAACAAGUAGACCAACAACAAGUAGACCGACAACAAGUAGACCAACAACAAGUAUACCGACAACAGCUGAGCCGACAAUAAGUAAGACAACAACACCUGAGACGGUAACAGACCCACCGGUCAAGCCACCUCCUCCUGCCAGUGUUCGCUUCCUGGGAAUGGAGCUUUCUGUCUCUGAUGCUGUGACUGGACUUAACACCAUGUUUUCGGUUCUAAUAGUUUUAUCAGUUGGAGGUAUUGUUUGCACCGUUUACUUGUGUAGAAAACAAAAACUGUCCAAGACAAAAAGCAUGGACCCAGGUAUUUUUAUGAUAAAAAAUGUAGACUAA